ACAAUAAACCUCGGCACAUCCGGUGUGAUGAACCGUGCCUGCAUACGCUCCACUGAGAGCUGCUAAAACAAAAAUAGUUAAAUAAGUUUGAAGAAUUAUUCUAAUUAAGUUUUAGUUUUCCGUUCACGAUGAGCAGCAGCUGUCUUUACUAAAAGGAGGAGCCUCUUGUUUUAUCGCCACAUUGUUUUAAGUAUCAAGACUUUUACUUCCACUCUUGUCGACAAAAUCACGGCGAUAAUAAGCGCAGCAGCUGCUGAGGGACGAUCUAAGCGUGUACGUCUAUGGCCGAGCUCCACUCCGACCGUGUAUUUCCUUGUUCCCUUCAACUCGACAGUCUCGCUAAAGUUUAACCGACUACGAACUGUGUAGAUCGAGGGAGGAAAACUCAGACAGAGAAAUGGCGCAGAGAGGAGUUCAGCUGGACCAAGAGUCCUUCUCCUGUUCGAUCUGUCUGGAUCUGCUGAAGGAUCCGGUAACUAUUCCCUGUGGACACAGUUACUGCAUGAACUGUGUUAAAACCCACUGGGACAGAGAGAGAAGGGUCUACAGCUGUCCUCAGUGUAGACAGACCUUCAAACCGAGACCAGUCCUGAUGAAAAACACCAUGUUGGCACAUUUAGUGGAGGAACUGAAGAAGACUGGACUCCAGGAUGCUAGACCUGAGGAUGUGGACUUCAGAAAGCUCAAGGUGAGUCAAGUAAACAUCCAGCAGAGGAUCCAGGACAGAGAGAGAGACAUGAAGCUGCUUCAACGGGAGGUGGAGGCUAUCAACAGGUCUGCUGAUAGAGCUGUGGAGAACAGUGAGAAGAUCUUCACUGAGAUGAUCCGUCUCAUGGAGAAAAGACGCUCUGAUGUGAAGCAGCAGGUCAGAUCCCAGCAGGACACUGAAGUAGGUCGAGUCAGAGAACUUCAGGAGAAACUGGAGCAGGAGAUCACUGAGCUGAAGAGGAAAGACACUGAUCUGUACAUGGACUUCCUCUCACCAUCAGGACUUAGUGGAUCUACACCCAUCAUCAGGACCCGUCCUCUGAGGUACUUUGAGGACGUGACAGCAGCCGUGUCAGAAGUCAGAGAGAAACUAGAAGAUGUUCUGAGAGAGACAUGGACAAACAUCUCACAGAAAGUGACCGAAGUGGAUGUUUUACUGUCACAACCAGAACCAGAACCUAAAACCAGAGCCGAGUUCCUAAAAUACGCGUGUGACGUCUCACUGGAUCCAAACUCGGCACAUCAACAGCUGAUCUUAUCUGAGGGGGACAGGAAAGCAUCUGUCCAGAACAAAGUUUGGUGUCAGUCUUAUUCCCAUCACCCGGACAGGUUCUCAGGCUACAUCCAGGUCCUGAGUCGAGAGAGUCUGACUGGACGCUGUUACUGGGAGGUGGAGUGGAGAGGAAGGGUCUAUGUAGCGGUCUCGUAUAAGACCAUCAGCAGGUCAGGGAGCUGGAGUGACUGUGUGUUUGGGUUCAAUGACAGAGCCUGGGUGCUAAACUGUGAAAACAACAGCUACUGCUUUUGGUUCAACAACGUUCACACUCGUGUCUCAGGUCCUCCGGCCUCCAGAUUAGGAGUGUACCUGGAUCACAGAGCAGGUAUCCUGUCCUUCUACAGUAUCACUGAAACCAUGACCCUCCUCCACAGAGUCCAGACCACAUUCACUCAGCCUCUACAUGCUGGACUCAGGUUUCUCAAUGACGGGGACACUGCUGAGAUUUGUAAAUUAAAAUAGAGUCAAACCAUUUUACGAUUUGAUUUUAAUGUUUUGUUUAUUUGUCUCGUCUCUUAAAACCACAAAGAAUAAAGUCUGCCUUAAAAACCGUC